CCCAAAUUCAAAUCCCCCCUCCAAUUCCCCUCCCUCCCCAUCCACAAGAUGUCUGCCAGAGGUUUCUCCAACGCCGUGCGGCCCGUGGCCCGCCAAUUGACAAAGUCUGCCGUCCAGAGGCGCACCUUCGUCUCUGCCCUCGGCGCCGCGACCAGAGCCACUGCUGCUGUCGCUCGUCCUGUUCUCGCCGGCCCCAUGCAACAGCAGACCCGUGGUGUCAAGACCAUUGACUUUGCUGGCACCAAGGAGGUCGUCUAUGAGCGUGAGGACUGGCCCAAGGAGAAGCUCCUGGACUACUUCAAGAACGACACCCUCGCCCUGAUCGGCUACGGUUCCCAGGGUCACGGUCAGGGUCUUAACCUCCGUGACAACGGCCUGAACGUCAUCAUUGGUGUGCGAAAGGAGGGCAAGUCGUGGAAGGACGCCGUGCAGGAUGGCUGGGUCCCUGGAAAGAACCUGUUUGAGGUUGACGAGGCCAUCUCCAAGGGCACCAUCAUCAUGAACCUGCUCAGCGACGCUGCCCAGUCCGAGACCUGGCCCCACAUCAAGCCCCAGAUUACCAAGGGAAAGACCCUGUACUUCUCCCACGGUUUCUCCCCCGUCUUCAAGGACCGCACCCACGUUGAGGUGCCCAAGGACGUCGAUGUCAUCCUUGUGGCCCCCAAGGGCUCUGGCCGUACCGUCCGCUCCCUCUUCCGCGAGGGCCGUGGCAUCAAUUCGUCCGUUGCUGUCUACCAGGACGUGACCGGCAAGGCCGAAGAGAAGGCCAUCGCCAUGGGUGUGGCCGUGGGCUCUGGAUACCUCUACAAGACCACCUUCGAGAAGGAGGUGUACUCGGAUCUGUACGGCGAGCGUGGCUGCCUGAUGGGCGGUAUCCACGGUAUGUUCCUGGCGCAGUACGAGGUGCUGCGUGAGCGCGGCCACAGCCCCUCUGAGGCCUUUAACGAGACCGUCGAGGAGGCGACGCAGUCCCUGUACCCCCUGAUUGGCUCCCACGGCAUGGACUGGAUGUACGAGGCUUGCUCCACCACCGCCCGCCGCGGUGCCAUCGACUGGACCCCCCGCUUCAAGGAUGCCCUGAAGCCCGUCUUCAACUCCCUGUACGACUCUGUCAAGAACGGCGAGGAGACCCAGCGCUCUCUGGACUACAACGGCCAGAAGGAUUACCGUGAGAAGUUCGAGGCCGAGAUGGAGGAGAUCCGCAGCAUGGAGAUCUGGAGGGCCGGCAAGGCUGUCCGAUCCCUGCGUCCUGAGAACCAGAAGUAAACAACUCUGCCUGCUGUCAUGAGCAGGUUGGUUGACGGUGUUGGCGGCGAUGGUUUUUACAGGAGGGGAUACUGAUUCUGACUAACUGACUGGGUGGGCUAUGGCAGAUGCAACGGGUCGGGCAGGACAAAUGUCUGGCACGUGCAGCUCGAGAAAAGAAAAAAAGAUGGCUAAUUGCUUGUUGUUUCUUCUUUUUUCUUUCUUUUGUUAUCUACUUGGUUGAUACUCGAUGAUUCUUAGAAUCUACGCGCAAGGCUCAAAACGUGAAUUUGUAUACUACGUCCGUCUCC